UCCAUUUUCUGUGACAAUCUUAAUAGUUUUUUUCACUGUUUACUCAGUAUCGUGUCUCAUCUUUUUACAGCAUGGCCUUAUUGUGGUGUUUUCUAACCAUUUUCCCUUUCCAACUCCAAUAGAAGAAGAUUGUAAGGGUAAGGGAAAAUGCAACGAUAAAACAACGGACAAGACCUGUUUGAUUGAAAAAGACUGUCUUCCAAACCCAUUCGAGCACUUUUUCUGUGAUGAGACGGAUUGGCAAUGGGAAAUGGGUUGACUGGAUUUAAACAUUGCGAUGCAUCACGGUUACUCCAACAAAAUUCACCAACUUUAGAAUUUGGUAAUAUGGAGAUAGACCUAAAAUAGUGAACUCCUAUCAGUAUCAUUAUAAAACAGGCAAUGACAAUAUUAUACAAAUUGCUAUUUAAAUAUCACUACAAUUCUAGUAUCAUCAUCAUAAUCAUCCUCAGAGAAGUACAAGUAACUUCCAAAAUAAAGGAAACACCAACAUAAAGUGUCUUAAUAGGGUGUUGUGCCACCACGAGCCGCCAGAACUGUUUCAAUGCACCUUGCAUAGAUUCUACAAGUGCCUGGAUCUCUACUGCAGGGAGGUGACACCAAUUGUCCUCUAGAAAUUCCAUCAUUUUGUGUUUUGUUGAUGCUGGUGGACAAAGCUGUCUCAGGCGCCACUCCAGAAUCUCCAAUAAGUGUCCAAUUGGUUGAGAUCUGGUGACUGAGACAAACACACACACACCUUAAACCCUGUAUGCUCCUUUGAGACCCCUCUUUCAAAGUCACUGACAUCUCUUCAUCCAGCCAUGGUAGCCAAAAUAAUGGGCAACUGGGCAUGUUUAUACAUGACCCUAAGAAUGAAGGGAUAAUAAUAAUUGCAUAAUUAACUCAGGAACAACACCUGUGUGGAAGGACCUGCUUUCUAUAUACUUUGUAUCCCUCAUUUAAUCAAGUGUUUCCUUUAUUUUGGCAGUUACCUGUGUUGGACAUCAUAAUGCUUUUGGACUGGCCUAAGUGGCCAUACAGAAUGUUGAUAAAUAUCUGGAAUGAAUCGAGUUAGAAAUUAUUUAGCUUAAACUAUUGACAGAUUUGUAAUCCUUAAGUGUACAACAGGGUAAUGACAUUAGCAUGUUAAUUGACUGAUUUAAUUAGAAUUCAGAAGUAAAUUGGUCACAUUUAACAUGAGUUGCUCUCAUGCCUAUGGAGCAUGCUGUAAUUACACUAAUAAUAAUGUUGCAUUAAAUGCCCAAUAAUUACAUAAUAAUGUAUGUAUUGCUUUGCUAUUACAAAGGUAAACUGUUUCUGGUACAACACUGUUACUAUUACCAUUUGUAUGAUAACAAUAACUGUCCAUUGCUAUGUAUUUACAAAGCAAUAAUCAAGUUACUAUGUUACAAAAUGUGAAUUCAAUGUUUUUAAGAUGAUCUAUUUUAUGCUAAAAAACUGUACCUAUAUUCUUUCAGUUGCCAGGAUAAUUGUAAUACAGUGGAUGUAAAAUGUAAAAAAAUAUGUACAAUUAAAAUUGGACUGUAACUCUAGUUGCCCAAAGGUAAUUUGGCAUAUUGAGGACCCAAAACCUUCAACAGUAAGUCUGAGAUUCCUUUAUUGUUGCGUGCUGAAUGCAAUCAUAUUUUUUAUUGGUAUCAAAUCAAAUUUUAUUUGUCGCAUACACGUGUUUAGCAGAUGUUAUUGCGGGUGUAGCGAAAUGCUUAUUUUCAUGUGUGAAUGAGUUUCGUUAGAGUGCACUCUGUGGUCUUCUAGGGUGCCAGUAUCAGCAUCGGGCAUCGGCGUGGUGCUUCCACCUCCUCUCAGGUCAGUGCCAACAGUUUCCACUGCUGCAGGACAUCAUAUUCUGUUCUCUGAUAAAACCACACUCAGUCACCCUGACCCAGUGUUGCUGCUGCAGGUUACUGUGACUCUGCUGGGCACGGAGGGAGAGAGUGAGCCACACCACCUCGCUGACCCUGACAAGCCUGUGUUUGAGAGGGGUGCAGUGGAUACGUUCCUGUUGACCACACCCUUCUCUCUGGGGGAGCUAUAGAGCAUCAGGCUGUGGCACGACAACUCAGGGGGGCACCCUGCCUGUAAUAUGUUCUUCAUGAGGACGGCAAAGGAUUUCCGUGAUGGCCACAUCUGGUUUUCUGUGAUCAGCCGGCCUCCAACGAGCACCUUCACCUGUGUCCAGAGAGUCUCCUGCUGUUUCUCUCUGCUGCUGUGUACCAUGCUGACCAGCAUCAUGUUCUGGGGCAUCCCGACCGACCCCUCUGAGCAGACCAUGGACCUGGGUCAUAUCGAGUUCACCUGGCAGCAGGUGAUGAUUGGAGUUCAGAGUUCAAUCAUAAUGUUUCUAAACCAUCUCCUCAUUGUGAGUAUCUUCAGAAACACGCGCCCCCGAGAGACGAAGCCUGGAAAGCCCAAGACAGAGGUAUCCAAGCAGGGGAAGACUGGCAGAGUGACUCCCUCACAGCCUCCGUCCCCACAGAGGGACAGAGAACUCACACCAGACACAGUCAUCAAGCAAAGCUGUUAAUGUACUGUAUUCUCUCGGGACAUAAAGAAGAUUGCUAUGAAGAGCAAGGCUAUGAAGAGCCCCAUUCCACACCUGGAGUUAGAGAUGAAGCCUGGACAACAAACUGAUAUCAACUCUCUGCUUUCUCUGGUGGAGGACAUCAUCCGGCAGCAGAACCGAGCCAGUGGAGAGUUCUACACUGAUGCCUCCAAGAAAGAGGGAUCGCUCAUUCUCUCAUUAGAGGUAGCCAAUCUGCAAGAGACCAGCCUGUGUGGGAGCCCUGAGAAGACUGGGGAUGGGAGCCAGAAAAGGAGCAACAACAGCCAGUAUCUGUACAGGCAGCUAUGCCAUGUAGAGAAGGAGUUGAGCCUACUGGGAACUUCUCGUUUCCCCAACCCAGACAGCAACUGCCGGGCAGUGCAGCAGGUCCAGUGCAUGAAGGGACUGCUAGAGUCUUCCAGCCUGGGAUGGGAACAGCUGGCUCGAAGCCCAGGCCAAGCAGAGAGCAGUGAUGGGGACAGUGGCAGUAAAAAGCGCUGUCAAGGUGGGCUUCCCUGGUGGUUUGUGUUCAUUGGCUGGAUUCUGGUGUUAGCCACCAGCAGAGUAUCAGAAUACUUCACCAUGAUGUAUGGGUUGACCUAUGGGAAGGACCGCUCUAUGAGGUCGCUUUUUCAUUCACUGCACUUAUUGGUUAACAUGCAUGUUCAAGGCCUAUGAUUCUGUUGCAGCCUACAUGGGGUUCAUGUGGAUGUUGCUCCUGGUGGCAUAUGGCCAGCGGGACCCUAAUGCUUACUUCCUGACUCAGCACAUUCGGCAGAGUUUCAGCCAAGGGAUCUCAGACAGCAUGAGUCACAAAGAUGUGUUCACUUGGGCAAAUACCUCUCUUCUCAGCAACCUCUUCGGAGAGUACCCAGGUUUCAUCACUGAUGGGAACUCCAAACUGGUUGGUAAUGCCCGACUUCGCCAGGUGAGGGUGCAGAAGAACUCCUGCCGCAUCGCCCGCUCCAUGCGCCAGGCUGUACCUAACUGCCAUGCUCCAUACUCAUGGGAGGUGGAGGACAUGGGCUCCUAUGGGCCAGGCUGGAACCGCUCUGCGAGCGAAAACGCCUCAAAGACCCUCCACAGUCCCUGGCAGUACCAAACCCAGGCCAGACUCAGAGCCCAACCCACCUGGGGCAGUGUGGUCCUCUACUGGGGAGGGGGUUUGUGGUGGACCUGGGCCCUGACUCACAGAAUACUAACAGCCCUCAGAGGAAGAGGAGAUAGUGGAUCUGAUGCUGAUGAAGUUCUGCAGCUUGUUCGGGAUCAAAUAUAAGAAAGAAGAUAAAGAACAAAGUAACAGUCCAAACAAUGCCGCUGUUACUAAGAAAGGACCCUCCACUAUAUCCUCAUAGAUGCUUAGUUCUCAGUAAAGAUAUGCCACUCUGUAUAAAUUGAUUUAGGUACUGCUUUCGUUUAU